AUGUCUUCUAAAACUAUGAGCAAUAGUGACAGAAUGGAUUCUGUUGCAUUGGCAAAGGUGAAUAAAUUUGUUAAUACCAUCGAUGAUAAAUUAUAUACAUUAAAAAAUAUUAUAACAAAGGAAGAGAAACAAAGAAGUACUAUUCCUACUACUAAAAAGAAGAAUUCUCCAAGUAUUAAACAAUUGAAAAAGUACUGUGACUUUCUAAAGAAUACUAAACAAGAGUUCAAUAAAAAGAAUAUAGUCGUAUCCAAUGCCGCUAUUAAAAAUGAUAACACUAAGUCUAGUAAAAAAACUAAGAGGAGAAAGGCUACUUUUUCAUCGUCACAAGAAACACUUACCGACAGUACUGGCGGUACGGAUUCUGAUACUUGCGGCGAUAAGGGUGAAUCCAUGGUGAAGUUUAGUGACAUUUGGAACAGCUAUUAUGGUGAUAACAGUACUGCUAAAUCAACAGAUGCUAAGCUAUUAAUUAAUCCUAGCAGUUCCAGUUCGUUGUCUUCCACUAACACUUUAGUGUCAGACGAUUCUGAUACUCCAACUCCACCAUCUUCUAGCACGGCCACUGAUGAUGAAGCUAAGCUGUCAGAAAGCGAAAAUGUUCUGAAUGAUGUUAUAACUGCUAAUCUAUUGUAUAGGGAUUGUAUUGGGUUAGGUGACGUUGAAGACAACGAGAGUGUCUGGGAGGUGAUCAAUUAUUAUAAUUAUGAGGGAGCUUGUUCUUUAGGUGCACACAGACACUUGCAUUAUUAUGAAUUGCCAUUUCCAUGGAGAGAAAACAGGUAUAUUAUUCAUGGGUACAGAUUUUUUACGGAUUACAAGAACUGCUUAAAGAGUGUGCUGGGUUUAAUUCCUAUUACUAGUUACGAACAAAUUUAUGAGCCAAAAACAUGCUAUAAUUGGCAUAACGAGACUGUCAAUAUAUGGACACAUUUGUCUGGUGCAAUCUAUUUACUUUACAUGUUGGUUCGUUUCCAAAUUGAGAAUAGUUCUAGCAUUCCUUGGCCAAUUAAUGUUGCUGUUAGUUCCUUUUUGCUCAGUGGUAUUUCUUGCUUUUUGCUAAGUGUCACAUGGCAUACUUUUAACGGGUUUUCUAUAUUGCCUUGGAGAUCUAGGGCCUGCUGCUGUGACUACACCGGCAUUACCUUGUUGAUUACCACUUCUAUUAUUUCCAUGCAGUUUACAACUUUAUACAGUGGUUCUAAUGAGAGUAGCAGUACUCCGUAUGGGUUGUAUUGUUUCAGUUUAUUGAGUUUUAUUCUGGGAUCAGCAUCUAUAUUUAUGAAUUGGUCUCCCAAGUUUGACAGACCAGAGAGUAGAAUCUUGCGUAUUUUGGCAUACGUUUUUUUGGCUAGCUCAGGGAAUUUGUCGUUUUUGAUUUCCGACCCUAGCGGGGGUAGUCAUUUUAAAUUAACCUUUUUCAGCAGUUUAAUAUGGUAUCUUGUUGGUGUUGUAUUUUACGCUGGAUUUGAUCCUGAAAAGCAUAGAACUGAUGUUUUAUACGAUAAAAACAUACCUACCCAUAGACAGUUAUCCAAUGAUAUCACCUUAAUUACCAACAAAAAACAUCAUCAUUUUAGGAAGAAACCAUUAGAAAAUAUUAAUCAUGGUGCUUUGUGGAAAUCCUUUUGGUGGUGCGACUAUUAUUUACAAAGUCAUAAUAUAUGGCACACUUUCGUUGUCUUGGGUUGUUUAGGUCAUUUCAACGCAUUAUUGACUAUACUAAAGGAGAGAGGGUAUAUAUGA